GAUGAAGCAUUGGCCAGGGCACUUCAGGAGGAAGAAGACUCCCAGGAACAGAAGAAAAGCAACCACCACCCUUUGGGGAGUGGGAAGAAAAUUGUGGCCGGCUGGAGCAACCAAAUGCCAGCCUGGAUGUACCAGGGUGGCAUGACCUCUGGGCUUCAGGGACACAGUGCACCUGCAGCGAGCCCUUUGGUGACGGGAGGAGGUAACUCUAAGAAACCAAAAGGGUCCCAGGGGAAGAAGCAUAAACCGUUCAAUUUACAGAAAAGAUUGGCGGCAGGUGGCAUUAAGUCAGGUGAGGCCGUGAUGCAUUAUAAGAAAUUGUUUAGUGCAAUUGCUAAUUAUGUAUUUCUAUCAAAUCUAAUGCUAGAAUUCUUACUUCUCAUAUUAAAAAAAGUUUAAUUUUUUUUUACAUGAACAUAGCGCUGAGUCUUUCCUAACAAACAAAAUUUUUAAUGCCCUCCUUUUCUUUUUGGUUGUUUUCCUGUGUCUGUAGUGUGGGCCGGGGUGAAGAGGAGAGGACAGGCGGAUUCUCUUCAGUCCAUCAUGGAGGAGGAACAAGCCAGAGAGGAGUCACAGAAAGAACAGGUACGAGGAUAUCUUUGGCCCAUAAAUACGUUUGUACCCCAGACUUUCUUUUAAUACCUCUUAUCGCUCAUACACGAACAUAUAAACAUUGAAUCCAUACGGGCGAACACUGAUUUGUAUAAACCUCUGUGCCAUGGAAAGAAAAAGAGAAAACCACACAGACAGUCUCAGCCAUGGUCAAGGUUUGCAUUUCCGUUAUAAUUUCAUAGUAGUCUAUUACUGCACUUUUUAACAAUUCAUUAAUUUUUUUUUCUUUAAGUUUUACACAAUCGCGCAAGUUGAUCAAAGUGUUGCUUCCGAUAUAAAAAAAAAAAAGAGUUUGAAAGAAAUGCUCCUGUUGUUGCACUAAUAAAUUUGACUCAAGAUGGUUGUAAAUAUUAGGGACAGCCCGCAGCCCUUGAUUAUGUCAGAAAAUGUCUCUGGAUUGAUCUGAAUUGAUUUAAGAAUGAAUAGCAUGCUCAUUUCUUCCUCCUUCAAAAGAAAAAAAAACGGUUUCAACGAUUUAAGUCUCAUCAAUUCACCUUUUCUACAGUUAAGAGAUUUUUAAAAAAAAUAUAUAAAUGUUUUCAGUUUGUAAUAUUUCAGCAUGGCAGCAGAGUAUGUAAAUAUUUGACUUUCAAGUUUGUUGUUGAGUUCAGAUGUCUGAAAAAGUUUCAUCACGUUUUCUGCAUGCUCUGAGACUAAGCUUAGAAAAUAUGUUAUGCCAAAGUGUUCAAUCUGUUUUGUUGUUUGUUUUUUUAUUUUGCUUUUAUUUGCAUCGGGUGAACCAGUUGGGUUAAUGAAUGUUUGAAAGUUAAUGUUAAGAUUUAGUAAAAAAAAAUGUUUUAACCUAUGAUUUUCCUUUUAUUUUUUUUAUGUGUUUAUUUUUACCUGAAGCAGUCAGGAGAAAUAUUUCUGGUGGCCCGUUUUCACUAUAUAUUUAUUUUUUAUGAAAGACUAAAAGUAACCAUAUUGCCUUACUCUAGCUUCAAAAAUUUAUGUAUUAAAUAUACACAUAGUACCAUGAUGGUUAACUUCUUUGAAGUAAAUUAGAAUCACAAAAUUUCUGUAAUUUAUAUUCUAGAUCAGUGUCUCCCAACUUUUUCUAGGCUGUGUGCCUCCUACAAAUUAUAUGUGUCUAGUCUCUCACACCCCACCCCCCAUGAAUUGUUUUACUAAGUCCCACGCCUCCUACAAAAGUAAGAGUGCAUUUUAAAUUUAGAACAUAACAGACUGGUAAUUUAUUUAUAGAAUUGCAAAGAGAACUGUAGAAAAAUAAGAUAAAGAAACUAGUGACUUAUCUCUUUAAAGAAAAUGUAAAUGAAGAACUGUAUAAAAGCAUGGAGGUAUUUAUGCGUAUCCUGAAAUUUGAUAGAAAGAAACUUCGCCGACGGUAAAUUGAUCGACAGUAAUUUGAUCUAACGGAAAUUUGCUCAAAUCUUUUUUUUCACUUGACACGUUAAAAUUUUGAUUCAAGUUUCUUUUUGAACGCAUUAUUUUGUUUUACUAUUUAUUAUAGUGCGUUCAAAUAGAAAUUUGACAUAAAUUUUAACGUGUAAACUGAAUAAAAAGAUUCUGCUCUUACGAUCCCUUACUCUUGCACCCCCUGAAAAGGAUACCAGGACACCUUGCAUCCCCAGGUUGGGAACCCUGUUUUAGAUCAUUUAUCAACGCCUUCAUUCUUGAUAUGAUGAGGUAACAGGGGAGUCAAUCAAGUUGAAAAUGUUUCUUCUGUCAGGUUUUAAGUUGAUUUUUUUUUCCCCUCUUUUUGUUUUUUUUUUUUUUUUCCCCCCUUUUUCCCCCCCCCCCCCCCCCCAUACAUUGAGCAGCUUGAGUUCUUGGCUGUGUGAUGGUUUAAACAACUGUUUGUAAUGCAAGCGUACAACUGUGAGCCAUAAGUGAAAGACGUAGUUAACUCAACUUAUAAAUAAUAAGUGUAUUUCAUUCACCUCUUAUUUUAGAAUUCAUCAGCUGGGAGGGUGGGGUUGGGUGGUGGUGCUCACAUUCAGUUCAUAUUUACAGCAUCAUGGCAGGUAAGAGAUGGGAAGCUUAUAAUGGGGAUAAUUUUUUUGCACAAAAAAUUUGACACGGUUGGCUGGAGUAAUGUUUCCCCGGGUGGCCUGUGGCUGUGUCGUGAAAUAUACGGUGACAUCUUGUUGUAAAUUCCAUAGAAACCUGUUGAAUAUUUUUAUAAAUGUUUAUUGAUCAGAUGCGCCUUUUUGAACUGACCGGAGACACCCAUGCUCUGGCCACCAGGAUCAAGAGAAACAAACUGGCCGAACUUUUCCCGAGUCUGAGUCCUGAGUUCCUGGAAGACAUCUUCAUGAAUGCGGGGUAAACUUCAUUCACUGUAUUAGUCGUCGGCUCAUAGUCUAAAAAUAAAUAAGCUCAGCAUAAAAUUUGAACUUUUAUUAAAAAAAAAUUUUUUUUAAACCGGUCCACCUUUUUUUUGCCCUCAGCACUCAAAUAUAUGUUUUCUUGACCCAGUUUCAAGUUUUUAAGUGUUGAAUUACAUAACGUUUUGUGUUAUGUCUUCAGUAUAUAAUUUUUAGAUAAAAUUCAAUACAUUUCACAUUUAUGUGAAAUAAGUAUGAGUUUAAAAAAAAAUAUUUCUUUAUCACAAUCAAGACCAAAUAAAGAUGAUGCAUAUGUUAUAGAAUAAGAAUAAGUUUUCAUUAGUAAUACUUAACAAAAAAAUUUUUUUUUAUUAAAGCAGAUUUUUAAAAAAAAAUUAAAUUGAUGAACUUGAUGUGCCGUCUGUUGACAGGUACUCAAUGGAAGACACCGUGAAGAUCCUGUCAGAGCUGUACAACAUCUCACCUGCCCCCAUGUCCAGGGAGAGACAGGAGGAGAUCAUGGAGGAGGCCAAAGAGAGGAGCAGAGAAGAGUAUUACAGUCAGGUGUGAAUUUCCUAAUUGUUUUCCAAGGGGAAGGUAUAAAAUAUACUGUUGGGGGGGAGGCAGAACUGCAACUCAAUUCAUAUUCAAUGGUGUUAAAAUAGAUCAUGGUAUAACAUCUAAAAUUUAGAGCAUUUGUUUGAAAAUAUUUUAUAAUAGAUUUAAAAUAUAAACUAGAAUCUGAUUGGCUGUAAAAAGAUGAACUAGAGUCUGAUUGGCUGAACUCACUGAUUGACGCCUUUCCUCAAAAGGCUUUAUUUAAUAUGGUAUUUUCAGUGUGCCAUCAUAUUUAAAAAUUUUAUCCAGCGAUUAUCCAGACAGCUGAUACUUGUAACCUUCAUGUUCCAUCAACCACAAGUGAUCUAUUUUCCUACUAUUAUUGCAUCUUCCAGUACAUUUUCCCUGAGGACGUCUACGAACCGUACGAUGAAGAUUCAUCUCCAAUGACUUAUGAAGAACUUCGUAACGAAGCCCAGUUUUAUCGUGGACUGGCCAGGGAGUGCCAGGAAAAGGCCUCCAGAUAUCAGUCCGAGGGCAUGUCAGGCGCAGCUUUAUUCUAUCGGCAAAAGGUGAACUGGAAUACUUACUUGAUUUUUUUAUAACUAUUUUGUGUGUGUUAAAUCCGCCUGUGUUUUGUGUACUACAGAGCGUUCCAACCCUUAGCACUAAAAAGCUGGUAUUGAUUCAACAAAUAAUUUUCUUUAAAGGGCUGUAUCAUAGGAUUUAUCCAUAUUACCAUUGCUGUCUUCACAAGGUUAUAUUCUAAUUCAUAGCCGUCCUUAUACUAGACCAGUAGAUCAGAGACUUUUAAUGUUUAGAUUUAUGGAAAAAUUUUCUGCUUGGUCACUUGCUAAUGCAGGAAGCAUUCUUAGUGUUCUUUUCUUGUUUCUUUGCAUCAUUUUCUUUUUGGCAACAUUUUUAUUCUCUUCAUUGGUAACAUGUUAUUGUGAUAAUAUAACACCAAAAAUCAUCAAACUUGAGUUUUGCUUUAAUGUAUUUCUCAGGUCAAGGACUACAAAAGUUACGAAUCAGAUUCCAAUCAAAGAGCCGCCGAGGUUUUGUUUGAGAAAGGGUAAAUUAUGAUUCAUUUAUCAAGAAUAUUAUUUCAACUUAAUUUGCUUUGAGAAUAACAAUUGCAUUUCCAAUUUAAAACAAAACACAAACAAACACAAAAACACUGGUGGUGAAAAAUGAUUAAUAAACUUAACUCACUCUGCUUUAUUAAUUCAAAACCUCUCACAUCAAAAUAAGAUCCCUUCUUACAUGGCCCUUUUUAAACUAAUGAAUUUGUUCACAGCAAAGAGAGAUUAACCAAGGAGAAUACAUUAGAUCUUCAUUUCUACCAUCUGGACGAAGCUGUCAGUGCUGUCAAUUAUGCCAUUUCCUUGAAGGAAGAAGGUAGAUAAUCAAAUGUCUGUGGGUCUCCAUCCCUUUUUUUUUUUAUGAUGGGAGGUAACCAUUUGAUAAUAAGUUUGGAUUUUUUUUUUCAUUUUAGACUACUCCUGCUUCUUCUAAAAUAUGUUGUCACUUUUAUUAUUAAAUUUGUAUAGGUCUAUUAUAUAUGGGAGACAUUUUUACAUUUAAUGUUUGCAAAAAUGCAGAUAUUCUUUAGUACCAUUAAAUGAUUAGUUGGUUUUUUAAAGAUUAAAGCUUAUUAUAAAUGAAAAUUGUCUUGCAAUUAAAAAAAAAAAUAAUUUACUUACGAAUGCUUUUUUCAUAUUCUUUGUUCCACUACCACCAGAGUCUCGUCUAAGGCCCGACAGGAAAAGUACUUACUUAAACAUUGUUACCGGGAGAGGACGCAAUAGUAAAGAUGGCGUGCCCAUACUCAAGCCUGCGAUCAUGAAUCACUUGCGAGAAAGGUGUCUGCGGUAA